AGUGUGGGAGCACGCAGCAGCAGCAGCAGCAGCAGCAGCAGCCUGUCACUCACUCCACUGCCCGCCUGCACAUCUUCUGCCUCGGCACCGUGACACCUCGUUUUUUUCUUGCCUCCGGUGCCACGGAACGUUCGCGACGUGGGCGUGUUGACGUGCGCGUGCACGAGCAGCACCUCUAUUAUUAUUUUUCUUUUCUUUAUUAUUUGGAGCGGCGCGCACGGAAGGAAGGAAGGAAGGAAGGAAGGAGGGAAGGAAGGAAGGAAGGAAGGAAAGGGAACAGGACGAAUUUUUCUCCCUCUUUUCUUUUCACGCAGCAUCGUGCGUGUCGCGCACUGUGGAAAUAAGGAGUGGGGGCGCAUCCACGAGUGGGGGCUCGUCAAGUGAAGUGUGGACCCGGACGGGACCUGCUGCAUUGUCUCUCCAAGCAUGAACCUCUGAGACUAAAUCGUCCUCGUUGACUCACGUUUGUUGAUAAAAACCAAGCGGGGAGGAGGCCGGCGCCACCGCCAUGGAAGUGAAGGAACGCCGACCGUACCGCUCGCUGACCACGGCCCGGCAGGAACCCCCCGAGCGGCGCUACACCAGCUCCUCGGCCGACAGCGACGACGGCAAAACCCAGCCCAGGUCGUACAGCUCCACCGAGACCCUCAAGGCCUUCGACCACGACGCCCGCAUGGCGUACGGCAGUCGCGUCAAGGAGCUGGUACACCACGAGGUGGACGAGUUCGGCCGGCAAGGUGCCGACUUCUCCCUGCGAGACCUUGGCUUCGGGGACGCCCUCCCGUCCGCCCACCACAUGGCGACCUACCGGGGCGAGCUAGGCAUGCCGCACCGCGAAUACUCUGUUAGCGUGGGCUCGGACGCCGACACGGAGACGGACGGCGUUGUAUCUCCAGAGCACGCCAUCCGGCUGUGGGGUCGCGGCGGAGGCGGCGGCAAUCCCAAAUCGGGCCGAAGCUCGUGCCUCUCCAGCAGGGCAAACUCAAAUCUGACGCUGACUGACACGGAACAUGAAAACACAGAGAACGGUCCUACGCUGCUUUGUUCCUCCGCCUCCUCCUCCCCUGUCGAGCAGCUCCCGUACCCUCCCCCUUGCAUUGCGGCCAAUCAGAGCCAGGGGGGGUUGCUAGGUAACAGUGCAGCUCAGCCAGCCCGGGACUCUGACUCGGAGGAUGAGUCUGGCCCCGAUUCAUUCUUAGUUAAAGCUGGCUCGGGGAACCUGUACGCUGCAGCUGCUGACGAUGCCGUCUUUCAGAACCACCCUCGGCUGCGUACGCCCCCGCUGCCGCUCCCCCACUCCCACUCGCCCAACCACCUUCAGCACCAUGCGGCCUCCAUCAACUCCUUGAACCGGGGCAACUACACGCCACGGAGCAACCCCAGCCCCGCGCCCACCGACGGCCGGCUCUCCGCGCCCCCCGACGGCCCUGCAGCCGGCGGUGCCCCGGAUGCGGGCGGCGCCCCGGACAACUGGCUACUCAACAGCAACAUCCCGCUUGAGACCAGGAGCCAGAACGCUCUAAUGUUUAUUAGAGAGGAGCAAGACGCAUGCAGAGAAGGGCAGGGCUCGUACAAAACCAGAAACAUAGCAAAGCAGGCAUUCCUUGAGACUUUACAGGACAACCUCAUUGAGAUGGACAUACUGGCGUCCGCUCGCCGCGAUGCCGCAUACAACGACGGGCACUUCCUGUUCAAGCCAGGCGGAACCUCGCCCAUGUAUUGCACCACGUCGCCGGGGUACCCGCUGACCUCCAGCACGGUGUACUCGCCGCCCCCGCGACCCCUGCCACGCAGCACCUUUUCCCGGCCCGCCUUCAGUCUGAAGAAGCCCUACAAGCACUGCAACUGGAAAUGCGCCGCCCUCACCGCCAUCCUGGUCUCCAUCACGCUGCUCUUCCUGCUGGCCUACUUCAUCGCCAUGCACCUUUUCGGACUAAACUGGCACCUGAAGCCCACGCAGAGACAGAUGUACCGCGUGACCGACGACAAUACAAGUGGCCUACCUUUCCCUACCGACCUGAGCUUGAGGCCGCUGGGCAACACGGGCUUGGAGGUACCCGAUCGCAGGGGCAAAGACGACGGCAAAUUGGACAGCUUGUUCCCCGACGACAGCUACAUCGACAUGGGCGAGAUCGAUGUGGGCCGCAAGGUCGCCCAGCUUAUCCCGCCUGGCGUCUUUUGGCGGUCCCAGAUCUUUGUGGACCACCCCAUGUACCUGAAGUUCAACGUGUCGCUCAGCAAAGAUGCCUUAGUGGGGAUCUAUGGCAGGAGGGGCCUCCCCCCGUCUCACACACAGUUUGACUUUGUGGAGCUGCUAGAUGGCCGGCGACUCCUGGUCCGUGGCCCCUCCGGCCUAGAGGUGCCCGCUGCCCUGCAACGGAGCCUGGCGCCCAUCGCCACGCACGACACGGGCUUCAUCCAGUACAUGGAGUCCGGCAUCUGGCACCUGGCUGUCUACAACGACGGGAAAGACAUGGAAACCGUUUCUUUUCUUACCACUGCCAUAGAUUCUGUCAACGAGUGCCCCAGCAGCUGCUUCGGAAACGGCGACUGCGUGGCCGGAGCGUGCCACUGCUUCUUGGGAUUCAAAGGCCCCGACUGUGGCCGAGCCGCCUGUCCGGUGCUGUGCAGCGGCAACGGUCAAUACCUGAAAGGUCGCUGCAUGUGCCACAGUGGCUGGAAGGGCUCCGAGUGCGACGUCCCGACCAACCAGUGCGUAGACAUCACGUGCAGUAACCACGGAACCUGCAUCGUGGGCACCUGCAUCUGCAACCCGGGCUACAAGGGGGAGAACUGCGAGGAAGUGGACUGCCUGGACCCGACCUGCUCAGGCCGAGGGGUGUGCGUCCAGGGCGAGUGCCACUGCUUCGUUGGUUGGGGCGGGCAGGGCUGCGAGAGCCCCAGGGCCUCCUGCAUGGACCAGUGCUCCGGGCACGGCAGCUUCCUGGCCGACGCGGGGACGUGCAGCUGCGACGCUAACUGGACGGGCCACGACUGCUCCGCAGAGAUUUGUGCAGCCGACUGCGGUGGCCACGGGGUUUGCGCGUUGGGCACCUGUCGCUGCGACGACGGCUGGAUGGGCGCCGGAUGCGACCAUAGGGCGUGUCACCCGCGUUGCAAUGAACACGGCACCUGCAAGGACGGCAAGUGCGAAUGCAGUCCCGGCUGGAACGGAGAGCACUGCACUAUCGAGGGCUGUCCCGGUUUGUGCAAUGGCAACGGCAGGUGCACCCUGGGUAACGGCGGCUGGUACUGCGUAUGUCAGCUGGGGUGGAGGGGCAGCGGCUGCGACACCUCCAUGGAGACGGCCUGCGGCGACGUCAAGGACAACGACGGAGAUGGUCUGGUGGACUGCAUGGAUCCAGACUGCUGCCUCCAGGCGAAUUGUCACAGCACAUCGCUGUGCGUGGGUUCGCCGGACCCGCUGGACAUCAUCCAGGAGACCCAAGUGUCGUCGGGGAACCAGGGCAAGCUGCAGAGCUUCUACGAGCGCGUGCGCUUCCUGGUGGGCCGGGAGAGCACCCACGUGGUGCGCGGCGCCAGUCCCUUCGUCGCCAAGCACGUGUGCGUCAUCCGCGGACAAGUGGUGACCUCGGACGGAACGCCGCUGGUGGGCGUCAACAUCAGCUUCAUCAACAAGCCAUCGUUCGGAUACACUGUCACCAGGCAGGAUGGGAGUUUCGACUUGGUGACCGACGGGGGCAUCGCGGUGGCCCUGCGCUUCGAACGCGCUCCGUUCAUCACGCAGGAGCACACCCUGUGGCUGCCGUGGGGCCGCUUCUUCGUCAUGGACACGGUGGUCAUGCGCCACGAGGAGAACGACAUCCCCAGCUGCGACCUCAGCAGCUUCGCGCGGCCCAGCCCAGUGGUGUCGCCUGCGCCGCUCACCGCCUUCGCCGGCUCCUGCGCCGAGAGGGGGACAGUGGUGCCCGAAAUCCAGACGCUUCAGGAGGAAAUUCUCAUACCGGGUACCGACAUGAAGCUCGGCUACCUGAGCAGCAGGACAGCGGGUUACAAGUCCAUACUGAGGGUGACCCUGACUCACGUCGCCAUCCCGUUCAACCUGAUGAAGGUGCAUCUCAUGGUGGCGGUGGAAGGCCGGCUGUUCAGGAAGUGGUUCCCCGCAGGGCCAAACCUCCUGUACGACUUCGUGUGGGACAAGACGGACGUCUACAGCCAGAAGGUCUACGGCCUGUCCGAAGCAUUUGUGUCUGUGGGCUUCGAGUAUGAAUCAUGUCCGGACCUGAUCUUGUGGGAGAAGAGGACGGCUGUUCUUCAGGGAUACGAGAGCUCGGCCUCCAAGCUGGGCGGGUGGACCGUAGACAAGCACCACGCUUUGAAUAUACAGAGCGGCAUUCUCCACAUGGGCAACGGGGAGAACAUCUUCAUCUCUCAGCAGCCGCCCGUCAUCGGUAGCGUGAUGGGCAACGGUCGCCGCCGCAGCAUCUCCUGCCCCAGCUGCAACGGCAUGGCCGACGGCAACAAGCUGCUGGCCCCCGUGGCUCUGGCGUGCGGCUCCGACGGGAGCCUCUACGUGGGUGACUUCAACUACGUGCGGCGGAUCUACGCCACGGGGAACGUCACCAGCGUCCUGGAGCUCAGAAAUAAAGACUUCCGGCAUAGCAACAGCCCGGCCCACAAGUACUACCUGGCCAGCAGCCCCGUGAACGGCGCCGUGUACCUGUCGGACACCAGCAGCCGCAAGGUGUUCAAGGUCAAGUCGCUGAACGCGCCCAAGGAAGUGGCCAAGAAUCUGGAGCUGGUGGCGGGCACCGGAGACCAGUGCCUACCUUACGACGACGCACGCUGCGGCGACGGAGGCAAGGCAGUGGAGGCCACGCUCACCAACCCCAGAGGCGUCGCGGUGGAUAAGUAUGGCAUAAUCUUCUUUGUGGACGGCACCAUGAUUCGCCGAGUGGACCAGAACGGCAUCAUCUCCACCCUCCUGGGCUUCAACGACCUCACCUCCGCCCGACCCCUCAGCUGCGACUCCGUCAUGGAUAUCUCUCAGGUACGUUUGGAGUGGCCCACAGACCUUGCUGUGAGCCCCUUGGACAACUCGCUGUACGUCCUGGACAACAACGUGGUGCUCCAGAUCUCCGAGAACCACCAAGUACGCAUCGUGGCGGGCAGGCCCAUGCACUGCCAAGUUCCCGGCAUCGAUCACUUCCUUAUGAGCAAGGUGGCCAUCCACGCCACCCUGGAGUCGGCCAACACGCUGGCCGUGUCCCACACCGGCGUGCUGUACAUAGCCGAAUCGGACGAAAAGAAGAUCAACAGGGUGCGGCAGGUGUCUACCAACGGUGAGAUCUCCCUGGUGGCGGGGGCGUCGAGCGGCUGUGACUGCAAGAACGACGCCAACUGCGAUUGUUACUCGGGCGACGAGGGCUACGCCAAGGACGCCAAACUGAACGCACCCUCCUCCUUGGCGGUGUGCCCUGACGGAGAGCUUUACAUCGCCGACCUGGGCAACAUCCGCAUCCGCUACGUGCGCAAGAACAAGCCCUACCUGAGCCCCCUCAACAUGUACGAGGUGUCGUCGCCCAUCAACGACGAGCUCUACCUCUUUGACGCCAACGGCAGCCACGUGUUUACCCAGAGCCUGACCACUGGCGACCACCUGUACAACCUAACCUAUAGGGGGGCUGGCGAGCUCAGCGCCAUCACGGACAAGAACAAGAACGUGGUGACCAUCAGACGCGACACCACCGGGAUGCCACUGUGGAUCAUGGCGCCUGACGGGCAGACUUUUUGGUUCACCAUGGGCACCAACAACGCCCUGAAAAGUGUUGCGGCGCAGGGACAGGUGCUCGCCGUCAUGACGUACCACGGGAGCUCCGGACUACUCGCGACCAAGACCAACGAGAAUGGGUGGAGCACCUUCUUUGAGUACGACAGUUUCGGCCGUCUGACCAACGUCACUCACCCGACGGGCCGCGUGAGCAGCUACCGCGCCGACGACGACUGCGCCAUCCGCGUCCAGGCGGAAGCCGCCGCCAAGGAGGACGUGACGGUCACCACCAACCUGUCGGCCUCGGGCACCUUCUACACACUCAUGCAGGAUCAAGUGACCAACAGCUAUUUCAUCGGCCUGGACGGCUCCUUGCGGCUGGCCUUGGCCAACGGCAUGGAGGUGUCGCUGCACACGGAACCCCACCUGCUCGCCGGCACGGUCCACCCCACCGUCAGCAAGCGGAACAUCACGCUGGCUUUGGACAACGGCCUCAACCUGGUGGAGUGGAGGCAGAGGAAGGAGCAGGCUCGCGGCCAGGUCACCGUCUAUGGACGCAGGCUACGGGUUCACAACAGGAACUUGUUGUCCCUGGACUUUGAUCGAAUUACCAGGACCGAAAAGGUCUACGACGACCACAGAAAAUUUACGCUGCGGAUCCACUACGACCACGCCGGGCGGCCGACUCUCUGGGCCCCGAGCAGCCGCCUGAAUGGGGUCAACGUAACCUACUCGGCCGGGGGUUACGUGGCUGGCAUCCAGAGAGGCACUAUGUCGGUACGAAUGGAGUACGACCACAAAGGCAAAAUCACCUCCAAGAUAUUUGCGGAUGGUAAAUCGUGGAGCUACACGUACCUGGAGAAGUCCAUGGUGUUGCUGCUCUACAGCCAGAGACAGUACAUCUUUGAAUUCGACAAGAAUGACAGACUCUCGUCAGUGACCAUGCCCAACGUGGCGCGUCAGACCCUGGAGACGGCGCUCUCGGUCGGCUACUACAGAAACACAUACCGGCCUCCCGAGGGUAACGCCUCAGUACUGCAGGAUUACAGCGAGGAGGGCCGGCUAUUGCAGACCACCUACCUGGGCACAGGCCGACGCAUCAUCUACAAGUACGGCAAGCUGUCCAAACUGCUCGAGAUUCUGUACGACACCACCCGCAUCGGCUUCUCCUACGACGAGGUGGCCGGCAUGCUCAAGACCGUCAACCUGCAAAGCGAGGGCUUUACCUGCACCAUCCGCUACCGCCAGAUCGGUCCGCUGAUUGACCGGCAGAUUUUUCGAUUCAGCGAAGAGGGCAUGGUCAACGCCAGAUUUGACUACGUCUACGAUAACAGCUUCCGUGUCACUAGCAUGCAGGCAGUCAUCAACGAGACGCCGCUGCCCAUCGACCUGUACCGCUACGACGACGUGUCAGGCAAGGCAGAGCAGUUUGGAAAGUUUGGCGUCAUCUACUAUGACAUUAAUCAGAUCAUCACCACGGCGGUCAUGACGCACACCAAACACUUUGACGCGUACGGUCGCGUGAAAGAGGUGCAGUACGAAAUCUUCCGCUCCCUUAUGUACUGGAUGAUGGUGCAGUACGACAACAUGGGCCGCGUGGUUGCCAAGGAGCUGAAAGUGGGCCCCUACGCCAACACCACGCGCUACACGUACGAGUACGACUCAGACGGCCAGCUCCAGGUGGUCUCCAUCAACGACAAGCCCUUGUGGCGCUACAGCUACGACCUCAAUGGCAACCUGCACCUCCUCAGCCCCGGCAACAGUGCUCGCUUAACGCCAUUACGCUAUGAUAUCCGGGACCGCAUAACUCGCUUGGGGGAUGUCCAGUACAGGAUGGACGAGGACGGCUUCCUCCGGCAGCGAGGCAACGACUACUUCGACUAUAACUCGGCCGGGCUUUUGGUAAAGGUGUACAACAAAGCGAGUGGGUGGAAUAUCCGCUACCGCUAUGACGGCCUGGGCCGGAGGGUGUCCAGCCGGAGCAGCGUGGGCCACCACCUGCAGUUUUUCUAUGCAGAUCUAUCCAGCCCCACCCGGGUCACCCACAUGUACAACCACACGAGCUCCGAAAUCACGUCGCUGUACUACGACCUGCAGGGACACCUGUUCGCCAUGGAACUGAGCAGCGGCGACGAGUUUUACGUGGCCUGCGACAACAUCGGCACGCCUCUGGCCGUGUUCAGCGGCUCAGGGCACAUGAUCAAGCAAGUGCUCCACACGGCAUUCGGCGAGAUCUACCUGGACACCAACCCCGGCUUCCAGGUCAUCAUCGGCUAUCAGGGCGGCCUGUACGAGCCCCUCAGCAGGCUGGUGCACAUGGGCCGCAGGGACUACGACGUCCUCGCCGGGCGCUGGAGCACGCCCGACCACGACGUCUGGAAACGUCUCAACAGCGGCCACAUUGUCCCCUUCAACUUGUACAUGUUCAAAAACAACAACCCACUCAGCAACAAUGAGGAGAUCAAGUGCUACAUGACGGAUGUGAACAGCUGGCUGGUGACAUUCGGCUUCCAGCUCUACAACGUGAUCCCCGGCUAUCGCAAGCCAAACACGGACACCGUGGAGCCGUCCUACGAACUGGUCCGCACGCAGAUCAAGACGCAGGAGUGGGACAGCACCAAGUCGCUGCUGGGUGUUCAGUGUGAAGUUCAGAGGCAGCUCAAGGCCUUCGUGAAGCUGGAGCGCUUCGGCCAGAUCUACCACGCCAAGAGCGCCGGUUGCGCCCAGACCGAGGACAAGACGGUGUUCGCGUCAGUGGGGUCUAUCUUUGGGAAGGGCGUCAAGUUCGCCAUCCGGGACGGUCGCAUCAGCACGGACAUCGUCAGCCUGGCCAACGAGGACGGGCGUCGCACGGCGGCCGUGCUGAACGACGCCUUCUACCUGGAAGCGCUGCGCUACACCGUGGCCGGCGUGGACACUCACCACUUCGUCAAGCUGGGCUCGGCGGAGGGCGACCUGGGCCUCAUCGGCAUGGCGGUGGGCCGGCGCACGCUGGAGAACGGCGUCAACGUGACCGUGUCCCAGGUCAACGCCGUGCUCAACGGCCGGACCCGCCGCAUCACCGACAUCCGACUGCAGUACGGCGCGCUGAGCCUCAACACGCGCUACGGUAGCAGCUUGGACGAGGAGAAGGCGCGCGUGCUGGAGGCGGCGCGCCAGCGCGCGGUGGCGCAGGCGUGGGCCCGUGAGCGCCAAAGACUCCGCGACGGCGAGGAGGGUUCGCGCACCUGGACCGAGGGCGAGAAGCAGCAGCUGCUGGGCUCGGGGAAGGUGCAGGGAUAUGACGGCUUCUACGUGGUGUCGGCCGAGCAGUACCCCGAGCUGGCCGACAGCGUCAACAACGUCCACUUCAUGAGACAGAGCGAAAUGGGCCGCAGGUGACAUGAACGCGCCGCGUGGCGUGACAGACUCACGUGGACGACUGUGGACCUCUUGCCAAAGACACUUCGGUACGCCGCCAUUUUGGUAGUCUGUGUUUGCAGCUUGGUUUUGAAUAGAAAAUAUCACCAACAAAAUACAAAAACGAUGGGUUGCACUGAAUCUGUGUUGUCAUUCCUUCUUUCUAUUUUCAACACAAAAAACUAAGAAAAAUUGAAAAGUUGAAAAAACGAGCCAGAGGACUCAGUUUGAUUUUAAGAUUUAAUUUGUCGUGUUUCUGCAGUGGCGGGCCGUCUGUGGAGACUUAAUCAACUUAAUCCAUCUCCUAAUACCAAAUACGAUACAAAAUGGCAACAUAACAGCACACAGCUGUGCACAUCAUCUUAAAUAGUUCACAAUCAAUAUUUAUCUAAUAACGUGACAAAAAUAUUAAAUACAACACACUCACACAAAAUGUUCUUCAGUAAAUGUAUUAAUGCAGUGUGGUACGAGUUCCAAUAGUGGUACCCGUGCUCCCUCUUGUGGUAUGUGAAAGAAUGAUUGAAGAUAAUACAAAUAAAAUUUAGAACAUUGAAAAUGAAUUUCAAUUUAAAAAAUGACGCUUGUAGCUCCGCAUAUAGCCUGUUUAACCUUUAAUUUUUAAUCCAGUACAUUAGAGUUUUUACUUUUCAUACACAGUGGACUGACGCUAAUCGCGUGGGCUGGAGCGAGAAUCACCCCCCGCCCCCAUGAAAAAAAGAAGAAAAAAAGAAUGGAAAAAAAUUCAAAAUCUGCGAAUAGGUGAAUCCAUGGGUGCUGUACGGCGAGUAUGCGGGGGUCCACUGUACAGUACAUUUUUAGAAGUACAGUUCAGUUGUAUUUAACAUUUAAGUAGAAUAUUGAAUUUGCCUUUCAUCUUCAACUGUUUUUUGCCACAUUUUUUUGAAGUACAAUUUUUACUUAACUUAUGUGCAAUACAUUUGCAAUUGAAUCAAUUUUUUUUUUUUAUUUAAUUUGUCUAUAUUUAAUGUUCACAACAAUAAUAAAUAUAGUUUUUAGGAAUAAACCCCUUUUCUUGUUAUUUGAUGAACACUUAGGCCUACUACUUUACUGUACUUUAAUGUUGGACAUUAUCACAUUCACUGCCAUUGACGGUUUUAGAAGUCAAAUAUCCAUGUUAACUGGGAAGGCUGACAGUAAAUGAGUUAAGUUGGUACUUGGAGAGUUAAGUAUUUUUUUUAGUUGGAUGGAUGGAUGCAUUCAUGCAUGCGGCUAGCUAAAGACGUGUUUUGCUUGUCAAACUCGGCAUGCUCUGACCAACCAAUCAGAGGACGGCAAAAUGCUGACGUGAAAAAAUUUUUUUUUAAAUUUUAAAUCUGGUGAAAAAAACGGUGCCGUUGCUAAUAUAGUUUAAUUUACAACGACCAGCACUAAUGAUUCUGAAGGAUCAUCUGAUGUGUCGUGGUUAACAAGGUAAUGUAGCUUUACUUGCCAAACAUUCGAGUCACGUAAACCCGACCGACCAUUUUAAUAAUAAAAUCAAAUUCAGUCCUUUGGCCCAUUUUUCCAUGUUGUAGUUUUGAUCUCAGCCUGAAAUUCAAAUAUAUUGAAAAAAGGCUUUUUGUUGUUGUUGUUUUUUGUGCUAAGUUGACAAACAACAAAAUAAGUCACUUUUUAAUUUCUCACUUUCUUGUUUGCUAACUGAAGAUGGAAAGAAAGAAUGAUACAUGAAUUGCAUUGCACAGUUAGAAGAGUGCCCUUCUCCUUUUUCCGAGAUUCGCGAACAGUCUUCGCCCUCCAAGUGCGGCUGAUCGAGGAGCAAAACGACAUUUUUCGGACUUUGCCCCAUCGUAGCCGAGGGCCACUGGGAGCUGUUCUUCGGCUCAGAUUGUUAUGCCCCAACUUGCUCCAUUCUGCCUUUUCCUCAGCCAAGGAGAUUCCUUCUCUUUUAA